AUCCUGGCCGUGGGCGGAGGGACGCUGCUGGGGACCCUCACCCCCUCCGUGGAGCUGUACCAGCCUGCUGACAACACCUGGGAAUUCACAGCUCCGCUCCCCGCGCCCGUCGCUGACCACGCGGGCACCACCCACCAGGGAAUCCUCUACGUUUCAGGGGGCUUCUCUGGGGGUAAAACCUUACGGGACACUUACAGCUACCUCCCUCGCCUCCGGCGCUGGGUUGGCAACCGGGCCAUGGGCUUCACCCGCUGCGGGCACGGGCUGGCUGCUGCCAGGGACAGGAUCUUCUGCGUCGGAGGGAGGACACUGGGCAGGGUAAGGGAAUGGAUCCAGGUGGAAGAGAUGGAGUAUUACUGUCCCAGGAGCAACCAGUGGACGACACUAACGCCAGCCCCGUUCAGCUGCUGCCAGUUCAGCCUCACAGCCCACGGCACCACGCUCUACCUUGCAGGGGGAGGGUCACUGCAGCACAUGCAGAAGGAAGACACUGUCUUCCUCUAUGACACAGAGAGGCAGGUAUGGAAGAAAGGCAGUCCCCUGCCUACAGCUCUGGUGGAUCAUGCCUCUUGCAUGAUUAGACUGUCCCAAGCAAAUGCAGGUGGUGAGAUGGGGAGAGGCACAGAGGACCCCUCCACGGGCAGCUGGGAAACAUCACCCCUCAGCUUGUUCACCACCAGGCAACAAGAGUCCCACUCUGUCCCAGAAAAGAAGUAG